UGAUACCGGUAUCCGUCACUACUACCACAAAAAAUAACAUAAGGUUGUAACUAAGAAGAUGUUAUGUCGAAUUGAUCGAUAUUCGGAGUGUCAAAACACCGCCUUUCUCAAUCACCGCGAGUGUUUACAAGUGUCAGCGCUUGAUUGAAGGCACCGAUCAACAGGUGAAUCCCAAUAACACGGUGACAGGUACAUUAAUUCUAAAACGAUCGAUCACGUGUAAUUUUUUAUUGGCCGAUAAAAACGAACGAAUAUGCCGUACUAUUCUGAACUUGGCCUAACGAGUACGCCUUCGCCCAGUGCGUACUCGUCUCUCCUUUUGAGCGGUCCUUACGCGAAACAUUCCUCCAUAAUCGCAUCCAAUUUCACCCCUUCCUAUACGAAACCGAUCCCGCGACAGUUCAGGGGAGGAUACAAACCGCAUCUUUCAUCCAUCAGUGAGUUAAAUUCCCCUUUGAGAAGGGUGAAUUCUCCGAAAACAGGGUACCACUCACCAAGUAUUUCGGUCCGCCCCAUCAAAACAAUAAAUACAGCUGAUAUCGACGUGUCAGUGAAUAGAAAUAGAAAAAAAUUUGAUAAAUACGAAAGGCUCAGACCUGACACUGCAGAGAAAUCUGUGACUCCCAAGGAAAAAUCACCAAGCCCUAAGAAGGAAAUCCCAAGUGCAGAAGAACAAAAAGAAGCCAAGCCGAAUCCCACAAUACGAAGGGAUAGAACAACAGUUCGGUUACAAACAGUUCACAAAGAUACCCUAGAAAAACAAAUAGGAGCAAUUAAAAGCUGGAGGGACAAUUUCAAGCCAGACGAAUUAGGAGUCGAAGCAAAGCGAAGAAAGAAAACCCAAGGAGAAAUUCUGAAGGAGAAAUUCUUGAUUCGCAGCAGGAGCAAAGAUAACCUGCCGAAUCUCGCAGAGCCCGAAGUGAAUAGGAAAAAACCCUACAGAAAAUCUCCAAGCUUCCACGAUAUAUGCACGGCUAUAUCGUCUGGGGAUUUAGAAAAUGAUUUGAACCCCGGUCAACCAGUAGAAGUACAACGUAGACAAAGUAGGCAAAUUUCAGGAGAAAAGAUUCUGAAAGAAAUCCGAAGAACAUCAACCGAAUUAUCUGAAGAAGACUUGAAUAUUUUGAAUGAAUUACUAACACAGAAAACUGAACUGACCCCAAUGCCGGAGGACGAUAUUCUUCAUGAUCCUAGAGAGAGUGUGAAGAGGAAAAAACUGCCAAAAAAACACUCUGGAACUAUCGAACCUCUAUCAUUCAGGAGUUCUGAUGAGAAUAAUAACGAGAAAUCUCUACCAACAAACCAUUCUACUAAGAAGGUACUCAAGCGUACAAAAUCGAAGGGAAUAAAAGAACCCGAUUCCCUGAAAGAUGAAGUAUAUAAAAGUACAAUUAGAGAUAUAUCCCAAGUUGAAAUUCAACAAACCAAGUUCAAACCGAAACCAAAGAUAACUACAUCAGUCGAUGAUAUCAAAAAUCCCACCCCAAAACUGAAACCAAUAGUUGAUGAGGCAGAAGUAGAGGAAACACAGAAAACGAAUAAGGAGAAGAAAUUUAGAUUCAAUGUCAUAGUUGAGGUAGAAAAUGAAUCCGAGGAUGGCAAAAAACCCUCCCUGAAACAAUCAACAUCUCUGCCGGGAAAAAUUACUUUCAGUGAAGAUAUGACAGGUGUUGUUCUGGUUGAAAAGCCCAAAACUACAGUUGUUACCAGUAUUUUGAAGAAAAGACCCCCUUUGCAAAUAGGACAUAUUUCCACAGAGAAGGAAAACAUCAUUCAGAAUUCGAAUAUAAAAAGUGUCGUACUGCUCUCAAAACCUAAAACUACUGUUGUGACUAGCAUUCUUAAGAAGACAUCUCUUGUGCAUAUUGGACAUAUCCCCUCACAAAAGGAAAAUAUACAAACUGAUGUUUCGUCUUCAACUAAUUGCCUCGAGGAAAAGGAUAAAAGUGAAGUGGAAACGGAACACAUUAUUACGAAUGGCAUGAAAAAUGAAAUACCUAAACUACAAUCUUCAAUGAUGAAAGAGAAACCUCUAAUGAAUAAAAUUUUCCCAAAAAUAGAAAAUAGUUCAGCCCCUGAAUUGUCUAAAUGUAAGGAAACCUCUGACAACGAACCUAUUUUUCCAUCAUCUCCAGUAACCAGGAAGGCUAUUUCAGGAAAGGAGAAUAACUCAGCCCCAACUUCAAUUAAUAGAAAAGAAACUAGUAUUUGUUUGGAUCAUGAAAGUCAAAAGACACCACAGGAUUCAAAAUCGAACAUUACUUCUGAAGGGAGUCGAAGUAAUUUGAGAAAAGUUUUCAACGUCAAGAACGAAAUACCAAACACUACCUCUAAAUCUACACCACUGUUAAACAAAUUAUUAAAAAAAGAAAAUAAUUCGGCACCUGAACUAUCAGGAAUUACGAAAUCGGAUGAUUUUAAAUCAACUCCAACAUUGUCCUCCGUGUCUAAAGGAACCGAAACAAAUUCAGCUCUAACUUCUGUCUACAACAGAGGAGUAGCAUCCUUAGAUUCAUCCACUAUUUCUACUAGUGGAAAGAACACUGUCGAAAAUAGUAUUCAGAAAGUCUCAGAUGAAGUGAAGAACAAACCAAAGCUAGACGUCAGUGUAGAUAAAACUAACGAGGAACAAAACCUCAUCAACACAGAUAUUUCGGAACCCCUGUCACCAGAAGAAACUGCCAAAAGAAAAUUAAUGUCCAAACGAUCCUUGGUACAGAAAGCCAAUAAGGACGAUCCUGACUUGAAAGUUUUUGUCCCUCCAGAGCCCGAACCAGAACCUGAACCAGAACCUGAGAAAAAAGAAACAUUUGUGCCUCUCCAGUCGAAUCGACUAUCCCAAUGGAUGCAUCCUUGGAAAAAACCUGAACAACUCGAUGAGUGCCCGGUGGAAAUUUUCGCGCGCCCCAAAGUUAUUCGUGGUAGACAUUAUCCAAGGCCAUGCGGCCACCCCGCACAACCACCACCUGAGUCGGAAAGCAGUAGUGAAGAAGAUGAUGAUGAAGAUGAAAGUGAGGAUGAAAGUGAGGAGAACAGCAGCAGUAGCGAAGAAACCUCGUCCGAAGGGGACGAGUAUCAAAGAAGUCUGCAAUCCCCGGUCUCCAAUAAAAUCGGAGCAAGUACGUCUUCAAAUGACUCAGGCUUUGGGUCGGGAGUUCCCGGCAAAAAUAAGGACUGCGAUGUAAAUAUUCAUAAGAAAUGUGAGAAACUAACUGCCAACCUAUGUGGAGUGAAUCAAAAACUUGUGGUGGAGGCCAUCGAGUCGGUUAGGAAAG